AUGGGAGCAAACACCUCUAGCAAGCCAUCGCCCUUCAGUGAAAAUGAAGAUGUCACUUUUGACCAUUUCAAGAUUUUGCGAGCUAUUGGGAAGGGCAGCUUUGGGAAGGUGUGCGUUGUGCAGAAGAACGACACCAAGAAGAUGUACGCCAUGAAAUACAUGAACAAACAAAAGUGUGUGGAGCGUAACGAAGUGAGGAAUGUCUUCAAGGAGCUGCAGAUCAUGCAGGGGCUGGAGCACCCUUUCUUAGUUAAUUUAUGGUACUCAUUCCAGGAUGAAGAAGAUAUGUUUAUGGUUGUAGACCUGCUGCUUGGAGGAGACCUGCGUUACCAUCUCCAGCAAAACGUGCGGUUCCAGGAAGGCACCGUGAAGCUCUUCAUCUGUGAGCUGGUGCUGGCCCUUGACUAUCUCCAGAGCAGACACAUCAUCCACAGAGACAUCAAGCCUGACAACAUCUUACUGGAUGAGCAUGGACACGUGCACAUCACAGAUUUCAAUAUUGCCACGAUGCUGACUAAGGAAAUCCAAGUCACCACCAUCGCUGGCACAAAGCCCUACAUGGCACCUGAGAUGUUUAACCCCACAAAGCCCACUGGCUAUUCCUUCGCUGUGGACUGGUGGUCACUGGGAAUCACUGCCUAUGAGCUGCUCAGGACCCGGAGGCCGUACCACAUCCGCUCCAGCACCUCCACAAACGAAAUUGCUCACGUGUUCAAGACAGCAACAGUGAUGUACCCUGCAGCAUGGUCUGCAGAGAUGGUGUCACUCAUCAAGAAGCUGCUGGAGCCCAACCCUGAGAAGCGAUUUUCUCAGCUGAAAGAUAUCCAGGACUUUCCAUACCUGUCUGAUGUGAACUGGGAUGCUGUUCUCCAGAAAAGGAUCACACCAGAAUUUAUUCCCACAAAAGGCAGACUGAACUGUGACCCAACCUUUGAACUGGAAGAAAUGAUCCUAGAAUCCAAACCUCUGCACAAGAAGAAAAAGCGCUUGGCUAAGAAGGACACCAAUAAAAGCAACUCCUCCCAGGCCUGCCAUCUUCAAAAGCACCUGGAGAUGCUCCAGAGAGACUUCAUUGUUUUCAACAGAGAAAAGGUGAGACACAACCACAAAGACACCCAGGAGACACUGACAAAAAGCAGAGGCACAUCCCAGGAAGACAACCAGAACAACAACCUCUGA